GUUCUGUCCAGUUGGAGAGUUCAGUCCCGCUGUGAAGACUCGGCUCCUCACGGACCGCUCGCCCCCGACUUUGUGGCUCUGAACCGGGAUGCCGUGCGGUCCGGUCUGGUGACGUCCAAAGAGCUGAGUCAGUACCGCGCGAAGAGGGGCGGAGCCAACACCAAAAACCCUGCCCCCCAGCCACAGGAGGGCAGGGCUUCACAGCACCCGGCGAUCCCCGACAUUGUGUUUGGAGUCAAAACCAGGGCGUCGUCUCCUCUGGGGGACCUCCUCUCUCAUCAGUACGCUCGCCGCUGGAUCGACGAGCAGCUGAGCAGGAACCGAACCGCCGACCACAAACAGCAGCAGAGGAUAAAGCCCGGGAAUAUCCCCGACACCAGGACGAGCCUCCUGAGGAGAGGCAGGUCGCUGCCCGUCAUCCAGCAGACUCCGCCCACGCAGCCCCGCCUCACACAGGUGGCUCCUGCUCUGGACACCUUCAGGGACGAGGAGGCUCGUCAGCGGGCGUUCAGGGCUCAACAGUCGGACUCGGUGUCCAGGAGAGGAGCUCAGGGUCUGGGGACGUACGCUCUGGACUGACCUGAGGACCAAACGAGUUCAACAUGAACGACAAUAAAAAACACUCGA